AUGAUUUUGAAACGAAAUUUUGGUUCACCCUUUUCAUACCAUACCUACUUCAAAUCACGCCACAUGAAAGGCUUCAAAAGGCGAAAGACGAAAGCCCGUCGAUUGCAACAAAUUUUACACAAACUUUUGAAACGUGAAAGCAGUUCAAUGUUAAUGAAGAGGCUACCGAAAAUGUCGCUGCAUCAGAGCCGAUUUAUGCUUGCCGAAUGCAUUAAAUUGUUGCAGCAACAGAAUCGACAGCUUCAUGAAAAUUACCUGCACGAAGAACGCAACAACAGAAGACUAAGUAUAUUAUCUAGGAAAUUAGGACGACAUAGAGCGCACAGUAUAUUACUCAAAAACGCUUUUAACAAUUUCAAGAGUUCAAUUUAUGAGCAUGGCUGCAUCGAAAAUCCAACUAUAAAAUCUCAACUCAAAGAAGUAAGAAUGUUGACCAAAGGCAAUAUAAAAGAGGUUGAGGAUUGUAUUCGAGUGACAAAGGACAUUAUUGUAUAUAAGAUGGGCAUUCUGAAGAGGAAAAGUAGAAGGUCGAAAAAAAAUUAUUUUGAAAGGGCCAUUGAUCAGUUCUAUAACAUUCUUAAAAUCCAACAGAAAAUAAAAACGAAAAUAAAUAUCAAUGACGUUACGAAGAAGCCAAAAGGACCAUAUGAAGUGCCAUCUGUUCAAGCACAAAAUCGUGGAUCGGAGUCUGAAAAAUUUAAUGAAAAGUCAGAUGAUAGACAAGUUAUUGGUGGCAUUGUAAGCGCAUGGUCGAACGAUUCUAAGAAUUUUAAGGGUUCGAGCAGCGCCUAUACCGUGUUUCAGACCACAAGUAUCUCCAAAGAUUUACCAGAAUUUAAAGACUAUCAUGGAAAAAAUACUGAAAGAAAAAUGAGCCUCCACGGAGAAGGAAGUUUUGAAAGGAAAAUAAAAGUAAUUCCCUACAACGAUCCAAAAAAACUUAAAAGUAAGCUUAAUAACAAUGACAUAAUUAAAGCAGCUAAAAAAUUGAAAAAUAAAAGAAAAUGUUCGGAAAGAAAUUUGUCAGUCAAAAGAGGACAAAAACUGCACGGAUAUGUAAAAGAAAAUCUUUCCAUUGAGCCCAAAGAACUUACAAAUAAUGUAAGAAAGACUGACAAAAGUGUAACAGCCAACAAAUUAGAAAAACCAACCAAUCCUAUUGCGAGGUCGAAAAGAAAAAUUUCGAGGGUUAAAAUGUGGCUAGGAAGUUACAAAAGGCCCAAAAGGAAAUCUAAAUCGAGUAAAGAUGCGGUCUUAAGAAACGUACACUUUAAAAAUCGUUCGGCUAGUUACCACAACAGCAUCAAUAAAUCAACAGGUAGUAACUCUUCAUCUGGGCUAAAACCUCAUCCAAUUAUUGAAAACAAAGCUAAAUCCGAUGAAAACAUAACCCAGUCUAAUAUGAUGCUUCAACCAAAACCUUUUAAAAUCGCUUCGAAUUUUAAUCCUGUUAAGACCAAAUUUUGGGAUUCUCAAAAAAAUCGGCCACCGCUUUUAAAAUUUAAUAAUACUUUAUCGAUUUAUAGAAACACCUCCAUAAAAUCCAUGGAAAAUGUGGUAAGGAAUUUCAAUCAGCCAGCCAUGUCGCAAGUGGCCAGUGCAAUUGUCAAUCGUUUGCACGAUGCAAAGCAAAUAACUUUGGAUGAAACAAGAUUUCACAAGCAAAUCGACAUAAGAAGAAUAUCUUUGAACAGUUUUCUGGGAAGGAUUUCCAAAAUCAAGCCCGGCGAUCAGAUGAAUGCCGUGUGGCAUGAUUUGCAGGAGAAGCACAAAGUGUGGUCGGCCAAUGCUAAGACCCCCGAGGAUGCCCAGAAAAUUAAGAAAAUCCUCAAGUUGCGCUAUAUUCAUAAUGUGCAAAAACUCUUGCACAAUCAUCUCAAGCAAUUGAAGAAUGAUUUUGACGGCGGAAGAUUAAAUAGGGGAGCUCGCACUAGCUACAUGCCUACAAAUAGCUAUGAUUCCUUGGGGCUUUUUAAAAAGCCAUCUAAAAUAGAUACUAUUCCAAACAAGACUGUUCACGAGAACUUUAUCCGAUUGCAAAUGGAGAUCCUGAGAUCAAGGAUUUUUGACCGGGACGUGAUACGAAUGGAACGCAUGCUUAUGGCCAGGGAGGUGCCCUUAAGUGAGCAAGAUUUUGAGAUCUUCGGGAAAUAUAAGUAUGAUCCUGACCACUAUAACAUCCUUAUUUUGUCCAUUGGCAGACCCAUCUCGGAUGAAAAGUACGAGGAAAAGCUGCCAAUUCUGGAACGAAAUUUUGAAUUCAUUUGCAAUCAAUUGGAGGUCAUUUCCAGGCAAAGACGGCUAGAGAACAUGCAAACCAAGCAUGAUUUGCAAAAGGCAGAAGAUGAAAUAGUGUCCAAAUUUUCAGGCGAGAGCUUCACUGUUGAUCGUAUAGACUUUAAUGAAACCUUCCUGGCCAAAAGACGCGAGGUGUGGGCUGCCUACAUUGCCAAGCAGGCUAAGACGCCCACGGAGAUUCUUUUGGAAGCGAUCCGGAAACAGAAACGAAAAGUUCAGCUUGCCAAGAAAGCGGAAGAACGCGAGAAGCGGCUCAAGCAAGUGCAGCAGAUGGCCAAAAGGAAACGAUCUCUCAGUGCCAUGUACAGAGCUCCCAGGAAAACGCACCGUGAGCGACAGGCCACCCAGAAUAUCCAGAUGGAGAUGGAGGAGGCGGAGCAGUUGGAGGGCAGGCAAUCGAAGUCGAGAUGCUCGGCAACGUCAUUGUGUUGCCGGCGAUGUAGCAGGUGCGGCUUGAUCUGGAGCCGGAGGUGCUCCGAAGUUUCCACCGAGGAAUCGGUGGAACACAACUGCCCAGUUACUCCUUAAGCAUUGUACGAAUCUCAUUGGAAAAUCAUAUUGCAGCUCUCAAUAUGAUUUUGCCAUGAGAUUCUUAUACACUUAAAUAAAAACUAAAAAAUGAUGUAACAAACAAAUAUAAUACGUCAUUUCGUUGCCCAUAAACUAGCUUCACGAUUUUGCGCAAAACUUAAUAACAAAAAGAAUAA